CAACCGGCUGUCUCAUUGAAAAGCGGCGGCGCUCCCGGAUGUCGCCAUCCCUUCCUUGGGUCGCAAGAGAGAGAAAAAAAGGUGGCCCUCUUCCACUCACCAACGGUCGGUUCAUCAAUAUAUACUAUAUUGUCUGCUACCGCGGCCUGUCGCCCUCCAUAUUCAGCACAUCGCUCGGAUCGUCGGCCUGUCGUCGCGCUCAUCGCCCGUACCCCUCGGCAUCUCAAAACGGGCCGUCGCACCUGCAAGUGCUGGUAAUCCGGCAAUCCGCCCGCGGUUUUCGGCGUUUCCAGCGUCGCCAUUACUAAUACGCCGGCCCGCUUCACUGCGCGACAAAAAGGCGCGCUGAAAUAGACGGGACGGGACCUCUGACAGGCGCCCUUCCCCAGUCUGCCGGGCGUCAAGAUCCGGCCCGGUCUUCAAGCAAGCACGCACCCGGGUACUAAGUUAGUGGACUGUGUGGCUUUCCCCAAGAUUUGGCACUAAAAAGUCGGAGCAUCGCGCGGCCGGCUUUCUCGACUCGCCCACGGUCGCCAUCCAAUCUACACCAACUCGACUCUAUCGUCACCUCUACUCGACGAGAAACCAGAAGAAAAAUCCAAAGGGAGUGUUUCUCCGCCUACGUCAGCACGCGCCGACUCAGCUCGGUUUCAGCGGCCCCCGCCAUGACGAGACUCAUCCUAUCCACGGGCAAUGUCAUGUCCGCCGGCCCAUCCAUCAUUCGCAAGUCCGGCAGCGCAACCCGUUCCAAUCUCGAGCUCGUCAACUCGCUGCGCGAGCAUUUUGUCGCCGCCCGCUACGACUACGCCGUCCAGGCGAACAACACCAACGGCAAUGGGCUGACCAACGGCGGCCACGAGAACGGCAAUGGCCUCUCCAACGGCCACAGCAACGGCAACGGCCAUGGUGGCAGGCGCUCAGCUUCGCCGCCACAAACGCCCGUCGAUGUAUGGACCGAGCGAGACGGCAAGGCGCUUUUCAUUCCUCGCAUCAACUGGCAGGCGGCCGGCCUGCACGAGGAAGCCGGCGAUUAUGAGAUCACAGUAAAGCUGUUCCUCCUCCCCGACACGCCCGUCGCCAAGCGGGAACAAUACAUCCACGAGGCGCUCGCCCUCGUCAGCAAGGAGCUCGGUGUCCACACCAUCGACCUGCUUGUCGUGUCCUUCCCGGGAAUGUCCUUUGAGGGUAACUGCGAGUGGGAGGCCGACAAGAUCAACGCUCAGCAGGGCAAUCUCGAGGAAGAGCUGGCGACGUGGACAGUCGUCGAGGAGCUGCAUCGCAAGGGCGUCGCCAAGCGGCUUGGUGUCGCCGAGUUCGGCAGCGAGAAGUUGGCUGCCUUCAUCAAGCGGACCACUGUCGCACCCGUCGUCGAUCAGAUCAACCUGCGCGACUGCUGCAGUGUCCCUCCGCCACUGAAGAAGCUGGCCGAGGAGAAGGGUGUCGAGCUCAACGUGCACAUUGACUGUACGGAUAUCCUGCCUCGUGGUACCCUGCGGGAGCUCCUGAGUCACGGCCCGCAGGGCGCAGGCGUGCUCGCCGACGCAGCCGACAGCGGCCCGGGACUGCAAGGCGAGAUCGUUCCGGAGUGGGUGGUCCGGUACAUGGCGUUUGUACGAGACCGAGGCGUCAUUGAGAACAAGGGGUACUUUGCUGGUGCCGAGCUGCUUCAAGCAUAGACGGGACGUUACGAUGCAGGCAGACCUCAUGUGAUGGAGGUAGUUGGAUACCACGAUGGGCGGCAGCACUGGGGCAACUCAGCCGCAUGCUGAUUUGACGGCUUUUGGUUGAUUUGGGAUAGCGAGCAUCAUGACCCGGCGGGCUACUUUCAUCGUUGCGCAAGUAAUACAGGCGACAAGGGAUUAUAGCAGUAUGAGACGGGUUUCAUUAUUGUCAUUUUUUUUAUUGCUGUUUCUCUUUCCGUUAUCCGACCAUGCUUCGUUUCCUUCCUCUCAUCCUCACGUCCUCGAGCUUCUUGAGUACCACUGGAGCUUGCUUAAAAGACUCUCUGUACUCUUCCAAGACCUCCUU